AUGGAUCACCUCCCUCGUCGCCGUCUUUGUGCCAAGCUUGAUUCAUUGUACCUCUGCCCGACGCCAGCUCACCGCGAUCUCCCGGCUGCUCUUCAACAAUGGUACCUUCGCCCGAAGCCAGCUCACUCCGGCCCGCUCGCCCGAUCUUUGCAAGAGCCAUCCACUACUGACCAUUGUCACGCGCAGGGGAGAGCGGACGAAGACGAGCCGAGUGAAAUCAAGGGGAACCUGGCCUUCUGGUCCUCCAGGUCCGCCGCCUGGACCUCCAAAACCGCUGCGACUCCCGCCACCACCUUUGUCAAACUCAUCGCCAAAGUCGACAUCCUUGCCCUCCCGCCCAUCGUCUCCAUCGACUUCGUCCAGCGCUUCUUUGCCUACCAUGUCGCCGCUGCCCUUGUCCUCCUCUUCCAGCACAACAUGCAUCCCCUCCCCGACUCAAUUCUUGCCAGAACUUGCAGGCUCAAGCUCUGCUUGGACACGCCUAGAGACCUUGCUAGCUACCUUCCUCAAAGCUCCCAUUUUCAUCUCAGGCUUGGUUUGGUUGAUUGGCUCUAG